AUGACUCGGCCGUUCGGCAAUAACGACAAACGUUUUUCAAUCGACGACGCUUUUGAAGAGGAAACUGAUGAAGCCAUAAAAGUAUACGGCGCAACGGGUGAUAGGUCUCCUUUGCAGAGCAAAUACAAGAAUGGCGGUGACUAUCUUUCCAGUAAAACAUACAAAAGCACAGAAGACACUACAUCAAGAGACUCCGAUUCACUCAUCCAUGAAUAUGUUGAAGCCUCCCAAUCAAUGUACUGCUGGAAUCAUCCUAAAGUAAAAGAGAACUGGAAAACAGUAUGUGCAGCUGUAGUACUUCUCAUUGUAGGAAUAGGCCUCCUUGGCAUGGGUGCAUUUGCUGUUGCUGAACCAGAAAAUGGUCUUCAGGGUGCAGUAUUUUUUGUUGCAGUUUAUGGAGUAAUAGACAAUGAUUAG